AUGAAUGAAUUAUAUUAAAAUAAAUGUUAUUUGAGAAUACUCAGUGAAUUUAGGUAUUAGAAACAUAAUAUACAGGGAACUAAAAGUACCCCCAAGAGUAACAAAUUUAAAAAAGGAUAGUCAAUAAACAAAUUAAAUAAAAGAAUUAUUAAGUAAACCUAUAAUUCAUCGUAAAAUGUUAAGUGAACAUUGUCCAAAAGUACCAAAACUUAAAAUAGAAUAUACUUAUGCAAAAAAUAAUUCACCUAGAUUCCGUAUAAUAAAGAAUCUAUCUCCUAUAAAUACUACUCGAAGUUCAAGACAUACUACUCAUGGAACCGUAAGAGCUUAUCUUACAUAAACAAAGCAAGGAAAGUUUAAUACUUUACCAUAGGUUUAAUAAUAUCAAUAAACAAGUGAAGAAAUUCCUUAAUUAGAAAUAUAUUAAUAUUAACAACCUCCUGCUUUAUAGUCUCCUAAAGAAACUGUAAUGUCAGAAUUUCAAUCUCCUCGUAUUAUGUAAUGUUUUGACUUUGAUCAUUAAUUUGUGAAAUCAAAGAUUGAACCUCCAAAGAGAUCAAAAAAAUAAUUAAGAAUGAUACUUUUAAGAGCUAUUAAUAAAUUGAAGGCAAUGAAUAUUGAUCCACAAUAUAUGAUUGAAAAUAAAGUGUUUUCUAAAAAGCCUUAUUAGAGAAAAAUGUCUAAUGAAUUUAUUCAUGCCGUAAAAUUAAAUCAAAAAGAUAGAGUUAAUGAAUUGUUAGAAUAAAACAGAUAUCUUGUUUUUGAUUUUGAUUUCUAUAAUAUGACUGCCUUACAUUGGGCCUGUAAAAAAGGUUUAAUAGAAAUGGUAGAACUAUUAAUAAAGAAUCAUGCAGAUGUAGAUGCAGUUGAUAUUUUACAUAGAACUCCUCUUUAUUUAGCAAUUUAAGGAAACUAUCUUGAAAUUGUAGAAGUAAGAAAUAUUAAUAUGAAUCUGAUUAGACUUUAUUAAAAAACAAAGCUUAUCCUUGGUCUACAUACUAUACAGAUUUAGCAGAAGUUGUUUAGGACAAUAGAAAAGUCUAAAAACUUCUAACUCUAGUUAGAAGAGUAAGAAUUUCAAAUUACUUUAGAUUGAUAUUAUUAAUACUUGGGGAGAUAAGAAAGUUGAAGAAGAUUGUAUUUGA